AAUGCGAAACUGCAGAUAUUUGGCGCAUGUCCUUAAAGACUCUUCGCUUUUUCUACCUUCUUCAUACAUCAAUCAAUUACAAUUUUUUCAACUUGUUUCCAACAUACUUUGCCCUUGGUUCUUACCAUUCACACUGCCCGCUAAUUAUGACGUGACAUUUGACGUAAUAUCUAAUCUAACUUGAACUUGACAUCGUUUUUGCGUGGUGGGUUAUCUUAUGUGCGUACAUAUGCAAAUUGAAAAAAAAACGUUCAAGUUAUUUGAAGUUGAUAAAAUUGUAGAGGUAUUGCGACAGUUUGAUGAGAUACUGUAUAGUGGACACCCUCAAAAAGCAGACUAAUUGAGGAAAUGAAAAAUAUGCAUAAGCGAAGUGCAAUUGUUUGCCAAACUCUUCUAUCCGUUUUCUAAUUAGCAACAAGAGUUGCCUUAACAUUUUUUCUCGCUAGCAGGAAAUUGGCGCUGCAUAGGUGCUAAUUCUUAACAGACAGCUCUUUCAAAUCUGCAGUUUGUCUGGUUGAAAGUUGUAGAAUAGUAAUUACCAUUUGAUUCUUGGCCAAGGGGUUGUUUUGUUUUCCGGUUCAUUUAUCAAGCUCCGCAUCGCAGCUUUUCUAAUGGCCCCGUAUAGUGAAAAUGUUUCCUGUCCUUUAAAGCCGACUCACGAGCCUAGGCUAUGGAUUGGUAUACAAGGGGUAAUAGCCUGAUAUUAUCCUGGCAGGCAAACGAACCGUUCGUUUAUUCAAUUCCUUUCCUUAAAGCCAAUGAAACGCUAGCAUUGUUUCUUUUGCUACCAGCGCCCUUUGUAAGUCAUUAAUUUUACUGUGCUACUUUUUUUGCCUGCUAAUCAAUAUUCGAUUACUUGUGAGGGUAUCUAGCUAAAGUCUUUCGCAAAUAAAGAUUGGCGUCGCUCUAAAUUACCAUUAUUGACUUGGAUUAACGAAAACAUGUUACUUUCCUAGAGUGACUUGAUCUGUUGCUGAUUUUAUAUUAAGUUACUUUUCUCUUAUCUUUCCUUAGUUCCUGUCUUCUAUAUAAUUAUCAAAACCUAAUCUGCUGAAAAUGAUUUAAAAAAAGCGCAAUUUAAUUCAUUCACUGAGAGUUUUUUGUGAUUUGGAAACAGGUGAAGUUUUGGUUGCGCUUAUGAAAAAAACAUCUGUGAACUGUGAACAUCAAUAUAGUCACGCGUGGUGGCUUACAAACAGUAAAAGUUUGAUCAAGAAAAAUGAUUAAAAUCAUUCCAAUUACUUUAAAAGCUCUAGUUUAAAAUUCCUUCUCAAAAGCACUUUUUCUUUUUUACGCUUGAAAUGAACUGAGCUAAAUGCAAUUAUGGAUAGUUCUUUCACCCUGUGACGACAUUUGAGAAGAAAAAUGGAGUGAAAAUGGUAACAAAGAUACUUCGUAUGUCUACCCAGUCAAACAGGCUCUGCUGCUUUUUAUUUUAUUGUUCUGCUACCCUAUUAGGACCUGAAAUGAACUGCUUUUAAUAGCUCGUCCUCAAAAUUUCAGCGUAAAAGUUACUCAUUAUAACUACGCGUGCUCUAAUAUCUCUCAAUCAUUCUUACUUGUUUCAUAUUCCAUUUUUAGUCUACUAUCGGUUAUUUAUUUUUUUGUUUCCUCUUGUUUUUUUCCUUGCGAUGACACAUCUAUGACUGUAUAGUGUCAAAAUGGGCGGGAAUGUUGCCAAGUUUUAUCGCGCCCUACAAAAAGGCAAUGAAGUUCACGCUAUGGCCAUCUAUGUCUCGGCGAGUAAAGAGAUGAAAAACUAUGACCCGAAUCAGUUCUAUGGAAAAUGUUCACACGGCAACACUCCAAUGCAUUAUGCGGCCAAGUACGCCAUGAAAGAACUGCUGGAAAAGUUUCUGUAUAUCGGAUCUAUCAGAGGCGACCCAGAGUUUCCUAAUUUGGAAGGAAAGAACUGUUUCCACCUCGUGUGUACGCGACUGCCCCGCAACGGAGGGUCUUCGGAACAGACACUGCCAGGAGGAGGAAUGGGAGUUAAUGCUCUGAUAAACGGGACAGUAUCCAGUGUGGAAGCUAAGCGAAGGGCAGAUUGUCUGGAGAUUUUGUUGAACUGGAAGAACCCCACAGAUGGAUCGCCUCCGGAUCUGUUCAUGCAGGACCUCCAAGGCAACACAGCAUUGCACGUGGCGGUGGUGAGUGGGCUGGUGGACUGUGUGCGUCUGUUGCGCAAUGCGGGCGCCCCUCUCCUCUUCGUGGAGAACAAGGACAAGAAGACUGCGUGUGACCUGUGUGAGAAGCAGUCCCAUCUCACACACAUCGCCAGCUUCCUCGAGUCUGCCAUGGUCUUCAACUGCCAACAGGAUUCGCAAGUUGUGUGUGUUGCUGAGAUCAGUGCGCUCAGAACAGAAAUCUCCGACUACGAGAGAAAGGGUCACGGAAGUGCAAAUGAACCCGAAUGCGAAGAUGACAACGAAGAGGAAAACCGAACGAGAGUGAACAACCUUAGAAAAAAGCACAACUCGUCAAUUUCUUCUUCUAUUUGCGAGUCAUCGACGUCAACAGUAUCGAUGAAUGGCGAAUCAUUGGCGCCUAAUAGAAAAGAACAGCAGAAACAGCUGCAGAGUUGCUGGACUAAAUGCAGUUUCACACUGGAACAGAUCGCGAGAUUGAGACAGACUAUAUUGGAGGACACCGCCAACGAGUUGAGAAUAUCGCUAGAUGAGGCCGAACUGCUCUUAAUGCGAAGCUGGUGGUUGAAGGACUUGGCAGUGAGCACUUACACGGACAUGGCGGAGAAGCUGAGUGUGCGGGGGUCUGUUGGUCAGAGGAGCAACAGUUCCAGCCUCCCCUCCCCCCUCCCGUUCCCCUCCUCCUCCUCGUCCUCCUCUUACCCUUAUCCAUAUCAGUACCAAUACCAGUGCCAGUCUUCGACGACAUCUACGUGUGGGAGUGGAUUGAGUGGCGUUACCUGUGGGGGCAGUGGGGUCAACCAAUCACAGCAGAGUGUUUGCAGUGGAAGUAGAAGCGUCCUUGUAGCUCCUCAGCCUGUUUCUUCUUCUUCUUCAGCUGCUGCACGACACCACCACUCACACCAUCAGAUGACCCCCUCCUCCUCGCUCAAUGAGUCAUCAUCCUCUUAUAGUAGUCUGACGGAGGCAGAUCAGAGCAGAAUGAAGAGAAGAAAGGACUCCUCUAUAAGCAGCAACUCCUCCUCCCUCAUAGUGUCGGCUGAGGUACACACACACCAACACAGAGACAGAGACAACAGAAUGAACCAGCGAUCCAAUUCGCCACACUUUGUUGUCGGAGACGAAAGAAAGACAAAUUAUCAACACAAUCACAAUCAGAUAAAGAACGAUGGAUCGCAGUCAAUGGGAGAUGAUUGUAAUUGCAGCCUGCACGAAGUGUCAACGAACAUGAUGAGUAGCUACAAGAACACAAGUGGCGAGUUGUCUAUAACCUGUUCUAAAAGAGACGACAGUGACUUGUACCCUGUGACUUGCGAGAUCUGUCUGUCACCGGUGGACAUCUCGGACCCCUGCAACUCAGUGGUUAAUCUGUCCUGUAACCAUUGUACAUGCUACGCCUGUUGGCUAGACUACAUGAGAGUGCACGUGACCAAAGAGAGAAAGUGCACCGUGGAAUGUCCGGUGUAUCAGUGUGAACAAAUUCUGUCCUCAUACAAGGUUGAGAAGCUCAUCAGAUCCCAAAUGGACUUCGAAUCUGGUGGUGGAGACUCCUCAAUGUCGACUGUAUCUGUGAUGCAAGAUGUCCACAAUUUGAUCAGACUGUUAGAAGAGAACAGAAUAGAGAGAUUUGUGGAGCUGUAUGAGGGGAUGAAGUGGUGUCCAAAUGCCAACUGUUCCUUAGCUGUCAAACUGCCAAAGUUCUUGUCCAGAAGGCCGUGUGUAAAUUACUUCUACUCUUUGGCCUCUGACACAACAUCGCCGCCCUCAUCGAAAUUGACCGAAAGCGUCAAAAGAAAAACACCGACUGAAUCUAGUGCAGAAACAGUCACGAACAAUGGGCCGAGCCUGGACUCGAACUCUAUUCGUGGUAAUACUGGUGUGUCAGCUUCUUCAGCGUCUAAACAGACCGACAGUGAAGCAGCAAUUUGUACAGCAUCGACAUCAUCUUCCACCAGAAAGUCGUCUUCUGGGAAGGAGAAAAGGAGUGGAAGUAAGAAAAAGGGGGUCUCUAAGAAGGAGGCGGAGCUGCAGGUGAUUCCCGAAGAUCAGAUCUCGUCAGUGUCUGUGAUGUGUGGCAAUGAGCACUACUUCUGCUGGAACUGUAGAAACGAGGGACACCAGCCGGCCUCUUGUGACCACUGGAACAUGUGGUUCGAGAAGAUCGAACAAGUCAAACCAAAUCAGAUGGGUACGAAGGAUAUCUGGGAGAGUGCGGAAUAUGCUGCCAACUACCUCUGGUUUUUCACCCAGAGCAAAAAGUGUCCUAAAUGCAGUGCCCCAAUUCAGAAGAUAGAUGGCUGCAACCACAUGAAAUGCGUGGCCAAAGGGUGUCGCCACGAGUUCUGCUGGAUUUGUCUGACUUCGUGGUCCAAACACGGAAGUGCCACUGGCGGAUUCUGGAGGUGCAAUAGGUUCCAGACCAGCAAAGACACAACUGUCGCAGAAACUCAAGCCUCCGAGGCCUCUCAGAACCCGCAGACAUCGGCAGAUCCCGCUGCAACCGGUGAAGUUUCAGAUAACUCACAUCUAUCGACGAACUCAAUUCCAGCCAUCUCUCCAGCCGCUAAAAUUGUGCCACAUAAAUCAAAUUCUAAAAGUAUUAGCAGUAGUGACCAACAGAAAAAGUCAAAGUCAGUCUUGACAGUUUCGAAUUCCAAUCAGUCAAAUAGCUCAUCGCGAUCUACAGCAAGUGAGAACAGAUUAGAUCCAAGAGAAAGAGCAUCGUCAUUUUUAUCAUCACCUUCCAAAGCAUCAACCGGUUCUUCGGGAAAGAAGAAAAAAGUAGUUAAUGCACUUGCAGCAACUAGACCUACUAGUAGUAGUAGUUCAAGUAGUGUUGCCACGCCUCAUGUCAAUAGCAGUUCAAAUGGUGCCGCUACUUCCUCAAGUGGAAGUAGAACAACAACAGCGACUUCAAAUGCGGCUCAGAAUCAGAAUAUUAGCAAUAAAGAUGCUACAGCUCGACUAAAUGACCUGAACAAAUUUCUCCAUUACUACUCGAGGUUCUUCAACCACAGACUAUCAAUGAAAUUGGAGUUGCCACUGUUAGACCAGGCGCGCCAGAAGAUCUCGUCUCUUCUGAAGUGCUAUGAGAGUGGUCCUGGCGAUGACGCGGGGGCGAAGAUGGCGGUGUCGAAGUGUGACAGCUUCACUGGGGAUGACGAGGAGUCGAUUGAGCGACAGAAAAGACUGACGUUCUUGGAGACCGCAAUCAAGGAACUCAUUCUUACUAGAAAGGUGCUGAGCGCUUCGUAUGUGUUUGCCUACUAUCUGAGCGACUGUCACCACCAGAAUGUGAGAUCACUCUUCGAGUUCAUCCAGAAUGACCUUGAAGAAACAGUGGAGAAUCUAGCACAGAUUGUGAACCGACAACAUCUGAGUGCACCUUGGUUCCUGGUUGAGAAAGCACAGCUGAUUGUGAAGAAGAAGAGGUACGAGUUGUUGGAUGCCACCACCAGAGGCAUCCUCCCCUCAGACACCUCCCCCAUAUUCAAGCGCAAGAGGAAGACAUUCCAGGGGGUGCAGGUGUGUCUGGACCCCCUGAAGAUGAACAUGUCUGAGAGACAGGCAGUGAUGACGUCACUGUAUGAGAUGGUGGUGGAUGGGGACGGGUGGCUGGUCGACUCCACCGGGUGCCACAACAACAUCCCAAUGCUCUAUGGCCACGAGGACUUCUAUGACCUCGGAAUGCCUCAAAAAGGAAGCCAUACAAUGGUGAAUGGGUCCAAGAGUGAAGCACCAGGAAAGGUUAAAAAGAAAGACCAGAUAGUGAAUAAUGCGCCGACGGAGUUCAAGCCUUGUGCGCGAGAAGCGUGUAAUAGGCGGGUGUCUGUCCCGGGAAAGUUGAUGAAUAAAAAGAGGAGUGGAGUGUUGGGGAUGUUGGCCAAGCAGAAACUCUCGGAUCCGAUGAUGCAUAUGAAGGGCCAGUACAAAAAUCUGUUCGAAAGCAAACAGAAUGGUGCUCAGAUUUUCUGCAGUCUGGCUUGCAUGAGGCGCGAGAAGCUGGACUCCCUGGAGAACUCCGGCUUCACAGUCACUGGCCAAAAGAGUUCAACUGUCAGUCUGUCCCAGUCUGUGAACAUCAAGCCAUGUCUGGACAACGAAUUCCCGCCAGUGUUUCUGGACAACGAGAAACUGGACAGAAAGAGACGCGAAAUUGUGCGUAAGAACUUUGCAAAACAAGACGAAGAAAUGAUACACGGAACCUCUUCGGAGCAAAAUUUGAAACGAGCAGGGUUACAGAAGGAAAACGAGCCAAUGUCUUUGCCUGCUUCGCCGCAUGUUGGAGACAAAACUUUCAGAGAACAAUACAAGAUAGAUGACUCACAUCUUAUUCAGUGCUGUUCGUCCACUGCGGCUUAGAAGAGGAAAUCGCAGAAGGAAUCCAUAACUAACUUAAAAGCUAAUCGUAAACUGACAGAUAAUUUUUAUUUUCCGUUUAAACGACUCCAAUUGUUAGAAUCUACUGUUAAAUAAGUAGAAAAGUAGUAUCAUGUGGAUAGACAAAAUGUUUUGUUGAAUAAUUUACCAAUGAUUUUACCAAUUUUAAUUGAAUGGUUAAUUUAUCCAUUUGUGCUAUAUUUACUUUGAAAAGCAAUUAUAUCCCUA